CCAGUGCCUAAGGGAUGAGGGCCCCUGCGUUCCCUGGGGUCAACCCUCAAUGAUGAUGCCCCAGGGCAGUGGGGAGGGCUGGGGAAAGUGAGGCUGGGGGUCCUGGUGUGUGGCUGGAUGCGAGGGGCUGUGUCCUGUGCUGGCAGGGACACGCUGGUGGACAUGGGCAGAGCGCCGGCGCACGCUCUGCUACUGUCGAUGGUGCUGGGCUGCUCGGCUGCCUUCACGGACAUCCUGCUGCCAGGCCCUGAGGAGCCGGUGGUCAACGUGGCCGUGGUGUUUGGGGGCACAUCCUACCCUCUGCACAUCCGGUCCCGCCUGAGCCCCCAGAGCUUCCUGGACAUGCCCCUGGAGAUCCACCCCAUCACUGUUAUCGUCAACAACACCAACCCCAGCACCCUCCUCACCCAGAUCUGCAACAUCCUCGCCAGCCACAAGAUCCACGGCAUCAUCUUUGAAGACAACGUGGGCACAGAGGCCGUGGCCCAGAUCCUUGACUUCAUCUCCUCCCAGACACAGGUCCCUAUCAUCAGCAUCAGUGGCGGGUCUGCAGUGGUCCUGACUCCAAAGGAGCCCGGAUCAGCUUUCCUGCAGUUGGGUGUCUCCAUUGAGCAGCAAAUCCAGGUGAUCUUCAAAGUGCUGGAGGAAUACGACUGGGGCUCCUUUGCUGUCAUCACCAGCCUCUACCCAGGCUACAACAUCUUCCUGGACGUCAUCCGCUCCUUCACGGAUGCCAGCUACUUUGGCUGGGAGCUGCAGGAGGUGCUCACCUUCGAGAUGAGCCAGGAGCAGAGCAGCUCCAGGACGCAGCGGCUCUUGCGCCAGAUUGAUGCCCAGGUCCUCAUUGUUUACUGCUCCCGAGAGGAGGCUGAGUAUCUCUUCUCCAUGGCAGAACAAGCCGGGCUUGUGGGGCCAGGAUACGUCUGGAUCGUGCCCAGCAUGACAGUGGGCAACAUGGAGGUGCCGCCCUCCUCCUUCCCGGUUGGCCUCAUCAGCGUGGUGACGGAGAGCUGGAAGCUGAGCCUGCGGCAGAAGGUGCGGGAUGGUGUGGCCAUCAUUGCCAUGGGGGCAGCCAGCUUCUUCCGUGCCCAUGGCUACCUCCCAGAGGUGGGGCGGGACUGCUGGACCCCCACCAGGGCCACUGCCACCAACACAAGCUUCUACCGGCACCUCCUCAAUGUGACGUGGGAGCACAGGGACUUCUCCUUCAAUGAAGGUGGCUACCUGGUCAGGCCCACCAUGGUGGUGAUCACGCUCAACCAGCACCGGCUCUGGGAGAUGGUGGGCAAAUGGGAAAAAGGCAUCAUCCACAUGAAGUACCCGGUGUGGCCCCGCUAUGGCUCCUUCAUGCAGCCCGUGGUUGACAACCGCCACCUGACAGUGGCCACCCUGGAGGAGAGACCCUUCGUCAUCGUGGAGAACACGGACCCCAGCACGGGGGUCUGCGUGCGCAACACCGUGCCCUGCCGCAAGCAGACCAACUCGUCCCAGAGUGGUGAUGGCCUUGUGGAUCCCUACACCAAGCUGUGCUGCAAAGGUUUCUGCAUCGACAUCCUGAAGAAGCUGGCCAAGGCAGUGAAGUUCUCCUACGACCUCUACCUGGUGACUAAUGGCAAACAUGGCAAGAUUGUCCGUGGGGUCUGGAACGGCAUGAUUGGUGAGGUGUACUACAAGAGAGCAGACAUGGCCAUCGGCUCCCUCACCAUCAACGAGGAGCGGUCCGAGAUCGUGGAUUUCUCCGUGCCCUUUGUGGAGACGGGCAUCAGCGUCAUGGUGGCCCGGAGCAAUGGCACCGUGUCCCCCUCCGCUUUCCUGGAGCCUUAUAGCCCAGCUGUGUGGGUCAUGAUGUUUGUCAUGUGCCUCACUGUGGUGGCCAUCACCGUCUUUGUGUUCGAGUAUUUCAGCCCUGUUGGCUACAACCAGAACCUCACCAGUGGCAAGAGGCCAGGAGGUCCCUCCUUCACCAUUGGCAAGUCCGUGUGGCUGCUGUGGGCUCUGGUCUUCAACAACUCAGUCCCCAUCGAGAACCCCAAGGGCACCACCAGCAAGAUCAUGGUGCUCAUCUGGGCCUUCUUCGCCGUCAUCUUCCUCGCCAGCUACACGGCCAACCUGGCUGCCUUCAUGAUCCAGGAGCAGUACAUUGACACUGUGUCGGGGCUGAGUGACAGGAAGUUCCAGAGGCCACAGGAGCAGUACCCACCCUUCCGCUUUGGCACUGUCCCCAACGGCAGCACCGAGAGGAACAUCCGCAGCAACUACCCCGACAUGCACACCCACAUGGUGAAGUACAACCAGCGCUCUGUGGAGGAUGCCCUCACCAGCCUCAAAAUGGGGAAGUUGGAUGCCUUCAUCUACGAUGCGGCAGUGCUCAACUACAUGGCGGGCAAGGACGAGGGCUGCAAGCUGGUGACCAUCGGCAGCGGGAAGGUGUUUGCCACCACGGGCUACGGCAUCGCCCUGCAGAAGGACUCACGCUGGAAGCGGGCCAUUGACCUGGCCCUGCUCCAGUUCCUGGGAGACGGUGAGACCCAGAAGCUGGAGACGGUUUGGCUGUCAGGGAUCUGCCAGAAUGAGAAGAAUGAGGUGAUGAGCAGCAAGCUGGACAUUGACAACAUGGCUGGGGUUUUCUACAUGCUGCUGGUGGCCAUGGGGCUGAGCCUGCUGGUCUUCUCCUGGGAGCACCUUGUCUACUGGAAGCUGCGUCAUUCUGUCCCCAAGUCCCACAAGCUUGAUUUCCUCCUGGCCAUCAGCAGGGGCAUCUACAGCUGCUUCAAUGGGGUGCAGACCCUGUCGAGCCCCGGGCGGGCGCCCACACCCGAUGUCACAGCCAGCUCAGCCCAGGCCAAUGUGCUGAAAAUGCUGCAGGCGGCCAAAGAGAUGGUGACAACGGCCAGCGUGGGCGGCUCACUGGAGCAGGCCACCCGCACCAUUGAGGACUGGAGCAACCACAGCGAGCGCCUGCAGACCACCUUCUCCCUGAGGACACCCCAGCUCGUGGUGCAGAACAGCACUGGCACACACCGGGGGCCCCCCUCUGGCCCACACCCUGCCGAGAGGCUGGGGAGAACCUACGCUCCCAAGGGUGCUCCCCUGGGGCUUCCGCUGCCCCAGCCCAUCCCUGUGGACUCCCGUUCGCACGGGGAGGAGAACCGGAGAGGGGCAAACGAGCACCCCCACCUGCUACACCCCCUGAAGUUUCGGGGCGGCUGUGUAGGGGAUGAAGCCCUCACAGGUUUCCCCCACCUCCUGGUGAAGACUUCUCCAGGAGGGGAUUAUGGGGAGCAGAUGCUGGUGGGGAACCACGUCGGGGCGCCCCUCCCGCCCCCCACAUCCCCCAGGGACCUCCCACCGCCGGACAUCUACAGGGAGCACAAGCGGCCGCCGGGACGCGGGGACCGGCUGCAAAACAACCCCCUUCUCCAGAGGGACGGGGCACACGGGGGCUCAGGAACUCUGCCCCGGCUGCUCUCGGCAGCGGAGAAGCGGGAGGUGGGCAGCGCUUUUCUGUCUCCAUCCUGCUCUCGCGGAGCCUUCCCGAAAGUCACCAGGACUUGCAGAGCCAGGGGCGAGCCGGCGCGGCCGGAGGCGGCGGCGAUGGAGCGGGAGAAGCUGAGCCGGUGGGCGAGCUCGGCCAGGGCGCCCGGGGAGCGCGGCGAGAAGCGGCGUCCAGCGGGGCUGCGGCGCUGCGGAGCCGCCCGCCCGCCCGCCCGCGCCGACGUGCCCGACCUCUUCCCCGAAGCUGAGGCCGGCUACGGCUGCGGCUCCCGCUGCCCGCAGGCCGCUGGCCGGCUGCCGCCGCGCUCGCCCGUGACCCGGCUGCCGUCCUACCGGGAGGCUUGCCGGCAAAACCCCCGUGCCACCGCCACCGUGCCGGCGUGCGCUCCCCACGCCUACGUGAACUCCUACGCCGACCUGCCCCUCUACGCGAGACGCCUCUCGCGGUGGUCCCCGCCGCCCCGGGAGCGCUCCGUGGUGCAUCCCUGCGACCGGGGAUCCGGGCGCUGGGACGGCGCCUGCAGAGACUGUGGGAGGCGCGGGGAGCUGGCCUUGCUGCGGGCGGUGGGGGCGGAGAGGAGGGACCCGCUGGUGGCCCGCGGGGUGGCGAGUCCCUGCGCCGGCGGGUCCUGGCGGCGGGUCUCCAGCCUGGAGUCGGAGGUGUGAUUGGGGGACAGGGGGGUGUCCGCACCCCUCUGCCUGUCCUUUGCCCGGGUUGUCCCCAUGGGCCAAGCCAGCGGCUCCUGGCCGGGCUCCGGCCUCCCGGAGUCCUGCACCGCCGGUAGCGGGAUGCUCCAAGCGGCUCGGCGGGUCCCGGUGAGCUUUUGGGGGGAGUCAGAGGAGCCUGGUAAGGGCUGGUACGUGCUGGGUCGAGUUCUCGCUACAGGCGGGGCUGGCAUCGGAGACGCCAAACGCAUCGCAGCCGUCUCGCCGUCACGUUUUGGUUCCAUUCAAAGGACUCGAAACACCAUGUCCAGGUCAUUAAAAAGACAUUUUCAGCUGCCUGGGGACCCUUCUUCCAUCCUCCGGGGCUGCCUGUGGCAUAAUGGAUUCCCGUGAAUAUUCCAGGUCCUGCGCACCCCGUCCGUGUCCCGGUACUGCUAUGCCGCGGCACAGGCUCGUCCCACCGGCAAAGGAAAGCUGGAAAAUGGCAGCUGCUCCGAGGGUUUAAUUAGGAACCGUCAGCCUGUGCAGAGGCUGGAGCCGAGCACUGUAGCCGGGUUCAUGCCCCCUGCUCAGGCUUUGGGGUGCUGGGCACUGAUGGCCCUGGUCUUGGGUCAGUGAGUGAUGCUGUCACGGCUGCAAACGGCAGGCUGGCAGGCAUCUCCAGCUUGGCACAGCAACCCCGGGAAGGUGUGCUGUGGGGAAUGAGAAAGGGAAAAAUUCCUCCCACCUUCCCAGGCUGAUAGAGCCAUAAAUCAGGUGUGAUAGAUGAGCCGGGUUAAAUUCUUCUCUUCAUGUACGUCUGACACAGCCCAUUCCCUGCCGGGCUGGGGCGUGAGCAGAGGCGGCCAUGACUCACAGCAGCCCCGGGCAGGGGAGAGGGUCUUUGGGAAAUGGGAAUUGAGGCUCCGGGGCCCCGGACUGCAGCCAGGGCUUUGCCAGGCGGUCCCAGCCCCAUCCCAGAGCCGCACCACCAGGACUACACAGAGCUUCCCGUGACUGGCUGGCACGCUGUCCCAGAGAGAUGCCAGUCCCCAGUUCCUCUUCCCAGCUGGUUUGGCAUCAUCUUCCCCCUCCAUGAACUUCUCCCUAGGAAGCUGCUUUAGACUGCUUUAGAGUUUUGUUGUUUUUCUUUUUUUAAACACAGUUGUUGGGGGUUGCUGGCAGCCACCGAGCAGCCAGGGCCGGUAACAGCGAGGGGACAAUGGCAGGGACUGCUCCAGAACAUCCAGUCCUGCCCCAGAGACGGCUGCAAAACCCCAAGGAGGUCCAGAAGGGCCCAGCCAUGUGCGGUUCAGGCUCAAAAGCAUUAGCAAUUUCUGUCUGUCCAUCCAUCAGUGCAUCCAUCCGUCUGGGGUUAAAUCCAGCCAGUCCCUCCAUCCCCCAGCCUGGCUGCCAUCACAUACUGGUGCUGGCGCUUUAAUUCUCUUUACUUACUUAUCAUUGCAAUUGUCUCUUAAUGGCUUUGGCAGCCCCUCCAAGUCUCCUGGUGAUGGUGGGAGCUGAUGGUGUAUAAAUAAAAGCCAUAAAUAAAUAAACCCAGCUGAAGAGGAGGGUAUUCAUCCACAGGUGAUGGCACCCAUUCACCCAGGGCAGCUCUUCCCAGCCAAGUGCCCUAGAUGCCCCCAGAGUGACAGGCUGGUCCCUGGGAAGCUUCAGUGUGGCCUUGGGAACUUCCCCUCAAAUUAUGGCACUCUGGCUCAUACACAGCUGCAGUCAAACCUGAACUGAGGUUGGGGCUGUGACAACAAAAGGGACCAGAAAAGGGAAAAAAAAGAAGUAUCAAAAAUCCCAAUCCCACGUGUUAAAUUAAUUAGUGAUA